AACUAUAAAAACUAAUUACGAAUGUGAGCAAAUCACUUAUAAAAUAAUUUUUAUCAUAAUGGCACCGACUAUUGAAAAAUUAUGCGGUAAUUUCAAAUUGGGAGAAGCUCCCUUUUGGGAUGAAUCUUCUCAAGUACUUUAUUUUGUUGAUAUCAAUGGUUAUACUAUUAAUAAAUAUGAUCCAAAAACCAAAAAACAUACAAGCGCUUAUGUAGGUAAAAAUGUAUCAAUCAUAAUUCCAGUAAAAGGAAAAAAAGAUCAAUUCGUUAUAACUCUCGAACGAGAAUUGAUGCUAGUUACAUGGGACGGCGUCAGCCCGAAACCAUCUAAAAUGGUAAAAUUGUUGGAAGUCGAUCAGAAUACCAAAAACGUUUUUAACGAUGGAAAAUGUGAUCCUUCGGGAAAACUAUGGAUAGGUACCAUGGGGGGUCCUCCGGUGGUUAUAGCAGACAUUCCCUUGGGCAAAGGUACUUUAUACAGUAUCCAAAACAAAAAAUCCACCCCACAUUUAACCGGAAUCGGUAUAGCCAACGGAUUGGCGUUUAAUACCGAACUUAAAAAAAUGUAUUACAUCGAUUCCCGUACCGGUACAGUUGACCAGUACGAUUGGGAUACGAACAAAGGAUCGAUUUCGAACGGUACACCGAUAUUUACUGCUAAAAAGAACGGUUUGGACGGUAUGGUUUUCGACGGAAUGACCAUAGAUACCGAUGGUAAUCUAUACGUAGCUGUUUGGGGCUCGAGAGUUAUCAAAAUCGAUCCAAAAAAACCUGAAACUCUAUUAGAUACUUUCCAUAUGCCGGCAAAAAUAAUUUCAUCCGUUUGCUUUGGCGGGGCUAAUUUGGAUGAAUUGUACGUAACCAGUGGACAGGUAGGUAUAACACCUGGUCCAGAUGACGGAGCUACUUUUAAGAUUACAGGUAUCAACGCUAAAGGUUUCGCCGAAGUACCAGUCGAUUUGGAAAAAAUGUAAACUUCGUUUUUUCAAUAAAAUAAUUAUUAUAAA